AUGGCAACCUCAAAAGUCCCUCGGAAAAUCCUUUUCCUGACAAAUAGCGAGUAUGGCCAAAGUAACGUCGUACUCGCAACCGCCUACGAGCUUAUCCUUAACAACGUAGAAGUUCACAUUGCCUCCUUUGAAGCCCCCGCUAUUGCAAAGGAAGUUUCUGAUAUCAUCGAUUAUGGAAACUUCCGUUCACCAAUUCGAACCCGCGUCGAUGAAUUGAAUGCUGGUGAUUAUGGACCAAUUCCUCCUGGUAGUAUCAAAGCAGUUUUUCAUCCGAUAGAUAGUCCAGGAAUGGUGGAGAAACUCGCGUUAGUUGCGCCGGAUCAGGAAGCUAUGCGUCAUGGGGUGGGAUUCCGAGAGGCGUGGAGAAUUUAUGCGAAGAUUCCGAGUAUUUUGUCUUCUUAUACUCCUGAUGAGUAUGUGAAGGGAGUUCAUUCUUGUGUUAAGAUUGUUGAGAAGGUUAAUCCGAAUGGGAUUGUGGUAGAAAAGCUUUGUGCGCAGGCUUUUGAUGCUUGUGCUAUUUUGGGAAAGAAACCUAUGAGUAUUACUCCAAAUAGUUUUAAGGAUACGUUAGCUCAAGCUCAACCGAAUGGGUUUGCACUAUGGGGUAUAGCUGCCGAUUGUUCUGGCUAUAAUUUUCCACUUCCAUGGUAUCUUAUUCCAUUGAACAUUGUACUAAUGAUACGUCUGAUUAUCAUUGUCGUCACAUCUCCAAAUAUCAAAGCUAUCGAAGCUGGGCGCAAAAAGGCAAAUAUUCCAGGCCAAUAUCCAUUCUUUGUUCCAUACUCCAAAGAUGUUCACUACUUGCUUCCUACGGGACGAGAAUUUGAUCUUCAACUGCCACACAUUCCCGAAAAUGUAACGACCUGUGGACCCCUCACUAUACCCUCCUAUCCACUCUCUCAAACUGAUCCAGGACUCUUAGAGUGGUUAGAGAAAAAACCUACCGUUCUUAUCAAUCUCGGGUCACACGUAUACGGAAGCAAAGAAUUCAACCGCAACAUUGCCACCGGAAUUCGUAUUCUCCUCUCUAGAAAUCCCUCCAUCCAAGUCCUCUGGAAACUCAAGCCCACAACACCAGGACCCGAUCCCGCCAUUGCCGAAAUUCUCGCACCAAUUGCCUCGCAAGUAAAGCUCGUACCUUGGCUCAAAGCAGAGCCAAUAUCUAUUCUUCGCUCGGGUUACAUCAUCGCAUCUGUUCAUCACGGCGGUGCGAAUUCAUAUUACGAAAGUAUUGAAACUGGGACUCCGCAAUUGCUAUUGCCUUGUUGGUUCGAUACCUAUGAUUAUACGGAGAAGGUGGAGUUUUUCGGUGUUGGUGUUUGGGGAAGUAAGGGUUGCGCACCUGGUGUUGAGGGAGAGGAACUAGGAAAUGCGUUGAUUAGAGUUACGGAGGAUAAUUCUAUUAAGCAGAAAGCAAAGGAAAUCGGAGAGUUGGUUAGUAAAAAGUACGGAGGUCGAAGAGAUGCUGCGAGGAAGAUAUUGGAGUUGGUUGAGGGAGAAUUUGGUUUGCAGAACAAGUUGUGA